AUGGCAGACAACAACGUCCCCAAACCAGCCGCUAUGCAUGUUGAGGGCUCUGGAAUCGCCACUGAUACAGGCAAAAUUCAUAAUGGAGAUGCAGCACUGGCUUUGUUUGAUAACCUGGAUGAGAUGCAUGAAGGCUUUGAGCCUGGCGAGGAGAAGAGACUGGUUCGCAAGAUCGACUUGAUGAUUCUGCCCUUUUUAUCGGUUUGCUAUGCGUUCUACUAUAUCGACAAAACCACGCUAUCCUAUGCUGCAAUAUUUGGAAUCCAGGAGGACUUGAAUCUCUCCGGGGCCGAAUAUUCAUGGCUGUCGAGUGUCUUCUAUUUUGGCUUCCUAGUCUGGUCUUUUCCAACCAACCUGUUGAUGCAGCGGUUCCCUAUCGGCAAAUAUCUUGGUGUCAACAUCUUUCUUUGGGGGUUCUUCCUCAUGCUACAGGCGGCUGCUAAAAACUUCACCCAACUCGCUGUGUUGCGAGUUAUAUCGGGCGCAGCUGAAGCCUGCAGUGAUCCUGCUUUCAUGCUUAUUACCAGCAUGUGGUAUACCCGUCGUCAACAACCUAUUCGGAUUGGACUGUGGUACACCGCCAAUGGCUUCGGAAUCGCGGUCGGUGGUCUACUGGGAUAUGGAAUUGGCCAGAUCCAAGGAUCCCUGGCUUCAUGGAAGUACGAAUUCUUGAUUAUCGGUGCUCUAUGCUGCGUAUGGGGCAUUGUGAUGGUCAUAUUCCUCCCGGACUCCCCAGUCACAGCGCCACAGCUGUCGGACCGUGAGAAGAAACUCGCAGUUGAAAGACUGAGAGACAACCAGACUGGUAUAGAGAAUCGAAACAUGAAGCCUCACCAGAUCUUCGAGGCCUUGACUGACUGGAAAGUCUGGACAUUCUUCCUGCUUGGCCUCAGUGCAAAUAUCCCAAAUGGAGGCAUCUCAAAUUUUGGGACCCUGAUUAUCAAGGGAUUCGGCUAUUCAACGCUGGUUACAACUCUUAUGCAAAUCCCGUAUGGUGCCUUCAUUGCAGUGAUGAUCCUACUCAGCGUGUUCAUCAAUGACCGACUGCCACGCAACAACCGAUGCAUGGUUGCCAUCGUGUUUGUUCUCCCGACUCUAGCAGGUUCCUUCGGUCUCAACUUUGUAGCUGAGUCCAACAGUGUGGCGAGACUGAUCUGCUACUACCUGACCGGCUCUUACAAUGCUUCAUUUGUGAUCAUCCUUUCGAUCCUCACAGGAAAUAUUGCAGGCCACACCAAGAAGGUUGUUACCAACGCAAUGAUCUUCCUAGGUGUUUGCACUGGUAAUAUUGCAGGACCAUUUUUCUACAAAGCUGAACAGGCACCGGGCUAUACAUUGGGUAUUUGGUCGAUGAUCGUGGCGAACCUCAUCGAAAUCGCAUUGAUUGUGUUCCUCGCAAUUGCUCUUGCUUGGGAGAAUCGACGUCGCGACCGGGCACAGAAUGUGGUGCCAGGAGGAGACAAUGACUAUAUCCGACAGCUGGAAUUGGAUCGAACGGCGUUUAGCGACCUGACGGACAAGGAAAAUGCGAACUUCCGCUACCUGUACUAG